AAACCAGGAACUGUCCGUGGAAGAAGUGGUGUGUUGGCAUUCUGGAGAAAUUUGGACCAAAGUACCAAAUAACGGUGAACUCCGUCGUCCUGCGUGUCCACAUACAGCAGCCAGACGUUUCGUAAUGCAGAAAUACUUCUACUGAGCGACACUUUCUUUCGAAAAACAAAAACAGUGCUGAGGAAGGAGAAUGGGGAAGAAAGACGCCAGCGCGACCAAAUUACCAGUCGAUCAGUACAGAAAGCAGAUUGGUAAGCAGGACUACAAAAAGACAAAGUCCGCCUUAAAGCUAACACGGCUGAAAGCUGAAGCAAAGAAAAGUUCCUCUGGAUUCAGGGAUGCAUUCCUGGUCAUCGCAGCAAUCCUGUUCUUUGUGCUCUGUGUUUACGCCUUCUUCUACCUUAACCUGAGCACCGAGCUCAACCUGGACGUGGACGUGGAUUAAUACCAGAUGGACUGUUUGCUGGAACUUUGUUUUGUUUCUCAACUCAAGAAGAGGAGGAAAGAGGAAAGGAAAAAAAACAAAACAGCGUCCUAAAGGGCUUCUGUAGAGUCCCUGCGAAGGUUUUCUCAGUUUGGUCGACGCAGUCUGAAUGUCUUUUUCCACACUUUGUCGUUGACUUGGUGACAAUGAGCAGCCUCUUUGAUGGAAAAGACACAAAGCAUCUAACAGGGAAGUUAUAUAUAAGAAAAGGUUUCAUAACUGACUAGACAUCAUUUUCUUCUCUGAUAAAUUUGCACAGUGAAAUGAAUCUACCAUUUAUUCCUUUGCUUUCGUAUAUACAUUCUAUUACCACAAUCUAAUGCUCGUUUCUUCCAGUUGCUUUUCUCUGAGCAAACCCAGAGUGCAGCCUUUAAAAAGUCAGUGACCUCUAGCUUUAACAUUCUGCUACAUUCAGCCAAGAAUAUGAGAAUCUUUUUUUUUUUCUUUUUCUUUUAACACAAGUAAUCCAAACUACAGUGGAGACUAAGCUCCGUUAAUCACAUUCUGCAGAGUCACGUCCCACUGUUUUCUCCACUAAUAGAAAAAUGUAAAUCUCUCGUCACAUUGAGACAAACGCUUGCCUCACAUUCCAGUGCACAAACCGCUCCUCCCGGAUAUCUGGAGAUCACAAAGUGUGAGAUUAGAAUCCACAAAGCCCCUCGUCCUGAUUGAACAUGUGUGCAGAAUACAGAACAACACAUACAUACAUACAUAGAUGCAGCGCGCAGACGUACAUCCUCAGGAUAAGCAUUUUAAAUAUGAUCAGGUUCUUUUCAUCGGAAUGGAAAUUAUGGAGAUGAAUGAUUACUGAAUAGAGGUGAGCCUGCAUGUUUCUCAUAAGGAACACCUUGAUGGGUUUCCCUCUUUUGUAUAUUGUUAUCUUCCUGGGGAUGUAAUGUGUUUCUAUAGAGAGGAAUAUGAAGGUUUGUCAAUGCUUCUUUUUUUUUUUUUUUCCUCCUACCGCUUCACUCUUUGUGCACCAGACCUGUAAGGUGCAAGGACUGACCUUCUAUCAACCUUUUCAGUCCAAGUGCUGCCGCUGUUUGAGAGAUUAUUUGUUAGCAAAAGAGCACAGAUUCAAGGGCUUUUAUUGUAGCUCGCAUGGAUUUUUUUUUUGUUUAAAAUUGUAAUUUUUUUUCCAUGCAGUCAUCACUUUCUGUUUCCAUUUACCACACAGCAACAGCAAUACUGUCAUCUGUGGGGAAAUUCUAUCUCAUAUGACGACUUUUUAUACUAAUGAAAAGCAGGGAUGCACGAUAUUGGAUGUUUUUUGCCUCGAUGUCAACGUUUUCCAACUCAUUUCGGCAGAUUACUGAUAUCGAUAUCUGUGCAUAAUUUAUCCACCUAAUUGCAGUGAACAUUAUGUCUCUCCUGUAGUGGAAUUAACAUGUCGUCAGGCUUUUAUUGUGACGGACCAGCAGGCAUCAUAUAUAGUGCUUUUUUUAAUUUAGACGUUUAAAAAAAUCUUGAAAAACAUCCCCAAGAGGUUUAUCCUGACAGGCAGUUGAUGUUCAUUUUAAAGCCUCCUCAUCAGCUGAUAAGCGAUGACGCGUCGAUGUCAUCACGCAGCCCCAAGCACAGCAGCAUAUAAAAGCCCAGAUACCAAACACACAAGGGGCCUUCUUUCAUUCCUAACAUGUUUUCUUUUCCACAAGUCUUUUAAGAAAAAAAAAAAAAACAAGUACAAGUCUUACGUCUGUGUGCGACUGUGUUCCAUCGCUGAUAUGAUUCCUGAAAUGUGAGAGCGAUUCUGAGCUUUCAGUUUCUGCCUUUUCUCCUCUUUUCUCCCAUGACCUCCCGACCUCUAGUAAAAGACUACACGUCAAAGAAACCAUUAUGAUAAGCAUGCAGCCGUACCCUCACCCAGUCGCUUUUAUCUCGCCUUGGUACAUCCCGACCCCCUCCCUCCCCAACACUGUGACUCACUCACAUGUGUAACAAUAGAUAGCCGGGCCUAAUAGACCUUCAUACAUGACACCUGUUAUCUGAAAGGUCACCAUUACCAACUACAAGAGCCUUGACAUCAGCACAAUGGAAAAGGAAAGGAUCUGGCAGCACAACCUAUUUAUUCAGACUCGUGUUUGGCAAAAUGAGAUUUUUUUUUUCUCACAACGGUGUAAUUGUUAGUGAAUUAGAUUAUAUGAUAUAUAAGCAUUUUACAAUGAUUUCUUUGGAUCACUAUGAAUGACUUUUCUGGAUGUCUUUUUGUUAAAUUGCUUCUGAAAAUGAAAUCUGUUUGUGAAGGAAUCUGCAUUGUAUAGAAUAAAAUAAAGAUUCUUUCUGUUUUCAAUAAAUUUAUUUGAAUACAA